AUUCGUGAAGCGGUGCAUGCUGGGACCAGCGCCAUCUUGCCGUCCUCGGGAGCAGACAGUCGCACAGUCGCGUACGGACAACCGCAUCCUACCUUUUCAAACUUCAGGCGAAGCCGCAGCCGCGCUUUCUGCCUCGGGUAUGGUGUCGUGUGUGGUGGUAGGUUGCCACAACAAGACGCAAUCGUCAAAGAAGAAGAAAGAGUGCAAGGUCGCAGACGCUCGGUUCUUUAAAAUACCGAAGGUACGGACUCGUGAAUGCGACACGACGCGAACACUGUCCGCGAGGAGACAGCGAGAAUGGUUGAAACGCAUCAACAGAAAAGACCUGGACGCUGACCUCGACAAGUACAAGGUGUGCUCACGCCACUUCGUCUCGGGGGCAGCGGCCGAUCUUUUUGACGACUGCAACCCUGACUGGGCACCUAGCCAACAUUUGGGUUAUGCAUCCACGCUCGACGGCCCGCACUCGGGUCGCUACGUACGGCUGAGUCGUCGUCGGCAUCAAAAACGGACCGCCCCCAGUCAAGGUGGACAACCACUUGAAGAAGACAUCUUCACGUUAGCGGGCGAGCAAACACCAUAAAUACGUCGCACUGCAACGGUGCGUGCGUAACGCGUCCGUCACCUGUCGCUGGGCGCUACGGGAGUGCGCGCGCGGCUGUCUGCUCUCGAGGACGGCAAGAUGGCGCUGGUCCCAGCAUGCACCGCUUCACGAAU